GCCCGAGCCAUUCCUCUCACGCGCUCCACAACAAGCAAAGCGAUCAACACACCGCGCCACACCGUCACAUUUGCUCCGCGCAACGUCUCGUGCGCUCUAGCCGUUUGCGGCGGCCCCACAGGUCAGCCACCCACCAGCCCACCAGCCAUGUGCGGCGGCGCCAUCCUCUCCGACAUCAUCCCGCCGCCGCGGCGGGUCUCCGCUGGCCACCUCUGGCCGGAGAAGAAGAAGGCGAGGAAGGCCGGCGAGGGGAGUAGAAGGAGGCCCUGGCGCGGGCCCGAGGAGGAGGAGGAGGCGUUCGAGGUGGCGGGCGAGGAGGAGUUCGAGGCCGACUUCGAGGAGUUCGAGGUGGAGUCAGGGGAGUCGGAGCUCGAGCCCCACGACGAGGUCAAGCCCCUCGCCGCCCCCAGGAGCGGCUUCGCCAGAGAUGGAUUAGACACAACUGCAGCUGAUAUUGAUGGCCCUGUAGCGAAGUCAGGUAAAAGGAAGAGAAAGAGCCAAUUCAGGGGUAUCCGCCGACGUCCGUGGGGUAAAUGGGCUGCUGAAAUCAGAGAUCCUCGCAAAGGUGUUCGUGUCUGGCUUGGUACGUACAACUCUCCCGAAGAUGCUGCUAGAGCUUAUGACGCUGAGGCACGCAGGAUUCGUGGCAAGAAGGCCAAGGUCAACUUCCCAGAUGAGGGUCCAAUCACUUCUCAGAAGCGCUGUGCUGAGCCUACAUCUGUGGAAGUACCUGAGUUAAACACUGAAGAGAAGCUGAUUAUCAAGCCGGCAAUGAACAGCGUGACCAACUCAAAUGUGUAUUCCUACCCUAUUGUUGACUACACCUUACAUGAGCAAUGUGUGCAGACUCAAAACAUGUCAUUUGUUCCUGUGAUGAAUCCUGCUGCCCCCAUUCAGGAACCUUUCGUGAAUCUAUCCUCUGAUCAAGGGAGCAACUCCUUCAGUUGCUCGGACUUUAGUCGGGAGAAUGACACCAGAACCCCUGACAUAACAUCGGUGCUUGCACCUGUUCCCACCUCGACAGAGGUUGAUGAGUCUGCAUUCCUCCAGAACACCAGUAAUGCUGUGGUACCUCCUGUGAUGGGGAAUGCUAGUGUUGAUCUCACCGACUUGGAACCAUACAUGAGUUUCCUGAUGGACGGUGAUUCAGAUGAGUCAGUUGACACUCUUUUGAGCUGUGAUGGAUCUCAGGAUGUGGUCAGCGACAUGGACCUUUGGAGCUUUGAUGACAUGCCUUUUUUUCUGGUUUCUACUGAGGCUCUGAGGCCUGCCAUAUGAUGUGUGUACAUCGGGACAAAGGGAAUAAAUAUUCCGGGGAUGAAGAGCGUGGUAACUAUGUUAGCUUAUGCUUAAAUGCGCAGUUGCUUUCUGAAGUGCUCGUUGGAAAUUAUCAAUCGAUGAAAACUAUCGAGUCCAGAUCAACCUAUUCUGUUUCUACCUUUUCUGCCAUUAAUGUCUAUGGACAUCGUGAAUUUGUAGCCAAUGUGUUAUGCGUGUCAUGGUUGUAAAAGUGGCUAUUGUUUUACUGUCCAGCGAGAGAGAUACAUCGGCCAUCGCGCCAUUGUUUUUAUGUGUGUAUUGUUAUAAAUGUGGUUUAUAUGUGUGUA